GUGAAUGGUAAUGUAAGAACUUGAAGAUUGUAGAUACGCUUGUAUUGCCAGUGUUCAUAAUGGAAGAGGCUCCCAAACCGACCCUCCAGGAUGAACUAGAAUGGUGCAUUUCUCAACUGGAGACUGGCCUCUUGCGUCUGCACCCAACCCCCAAGCAAGCAGAGGAGACCCGGCGCAUUCUUGGCGUCCUGCGCUCACGCAAGGCUCCUCUUGUGAAAAAGCGGCAGGUGAUGAAUCGUGUCUUUGGAAACUAUCGGCUCAAGAUGGCAGAGGAAAGAAAGAGAGCAGCAAAACCAGGUGAGAACACAACUGUGAAACCUAAGGAAGUAGAAAUAAAACUAGGAGAUCCUUCAGCUGGUGUGGUCUACAGGAAGCAAUCCAGCCAGCCCUCUGUGUCGUCGACGUCAUGGUUUGUCCCAUCGGAUAACAGCUUUCAGUUUGAUUUUGUGCUUUUGGAGAGAGGAUCGGAGGAAAUUGCUGAAACUACUGCAGGAGCCGAAGAAAUAGGUAACUCCAGGACGCAGCCAGAUGCCAGUGAUCCCUUUGGAAGGCUGGACUUCUCCACUGCAAGCCCGGGGAGCAAAUUUGCUUUCAACUUUGCCAUCUUAGAUGUUCCUCCACUUCCGUCUGAUGCUGCAGAUCCAGCUUCAGAAGCUGGAGCAGAAGCAGGCGUUGACUCCCCAGGCACAAAAACUGUGAUGACGCCAGAUACGUCAACAGUUCUGAAAUCUGAUUCUUUAAGCGUGACGGACGAUGUACAUAGAAUAAAUCAAGAUUACCUGAUGCAAGAGGCCCCUAAACUGGCAGUCACCCAAGUAGACCUGGAGGAGAGUAAAGAAACAAAGCUAGCAGCAGUAGCAGCAACAGGUACUUCAUUCAAGAAGAAAAGGAAAAAGAAACAACUGCCUGCCAAGGUGUCGCCCAGUGGGAGCGUAAAUGGAGGCUGCAAAUCUAAUGGCAAAGACACAUCAGACGAAACUGAGACAUGUCAGCCAGAUGAGCAGUUGAAGAAAGAGGUGGACUGGUGUGUGGAACAGCUGGAGCUUGGUUUGAAGACACGGAAAUCAACUCCCAAGCAGAGGGAGGAGGCGCUCAGGGCUCUCAAGAUCUUGCGCAGCGAGAAGACCGGGCUGCCCAAAAAGCGGCAGCUAAUGCGAGCCACGUUCGGCGACUAUAGAGCCAAAAUGGCAGAGGAAAGAGAGAAGCAGCUGAAGCUCAUGCAAGCAGCUUCAAAGGCUGCCCGUAUCGCAGAGGUGACUGAACAAGCGUGCCGGAAAAAGAGCCAAGUAUUCCGGACGUCUGCAGAGAAGGCACGAAGCGUUAAGAGUCCUGCAGAAGACUUUCAGCGCUCUUCCUCCUCCUCAGCUGAUCCGGGGACCACAGAUCCUUUUCAGUCUUUUCGGUUCAUAUCUUCCCAAGAAGAAUUCUGCUUUAAUUUUUUUUAAGAAAGCUUUCUGCACCUCUGCAGAUUUGAUGCUGUGUGGGUGAUGGUUUACAAGCCAGCCAAAAACUUAAGGGCAGAAUGGCUUGAAACAAUGCACGGGUACAUACUCCAGAAGCUUGUCAAGAGUGCCUUAGGGGAACAGAGAUGGACAAAUCGUGUGUAUAUCAUAUACUAUAUGUUGCCCUUCAUGACUCCAACGAUAACUUUGUGUGGGAAAAGGGGUGCCCUCUGUUGUUUCCUUGUUUAAAUCUACAAGAGAGCCAAUUAAAACAGUGUAAAUAAUUCAGAGGGAAGGGGAAGGAAAAUGACAAUUAGCAAAAGUAUUCAGCUUCUGAGGGGAAAUGGGCAAUAAAAUAAAACAGAGGCAUGUAGAACAUUCAGCAUAACUGUAUGCCUUAUUAGUGAUGGCCUCUGUUCUGAAACAGACACAAAGACUGCCAGGUGACCAGAAAACAUCAAGAAUGGGGUUGAUCCUUCUGCCUUUGGAAACCGCUUGAUCCACAAAAAUUGAGACACAGAGGUGUCAUGCAGUGUUGAAGAGUGUUGGACUGGGGAUUAGAAGAUCAGAGUCCCCACUCAGUCAUGAAACUCUGAGUGACUCCCUUUUUCUCUAACUGACCCAUCUCACUCAAUUACUGUGAGCCUUAAGUGAGGAGAGGAGAGACAGUGGUUGUCCCCUGGAGCUCAUUCAGGGAAUGAAUGAAAGUAAUAUACAGGUUGCAAAGUUGCGCGGUUAAAAGUAAUUUGGUUGUUGUGGGUUUUUCGGGAUUUCCUACUCCAGUCCUCUGAAGAUGCCGGCCACAGAGAC